AACCUUAACAUCACCACAACUCCUUCACUUUCUUUACUUGUCACAGGGGAAUUUCUGCCGGCCGAGCGCACUGAAGACUCAGAGGACCCCGUAGCAUCGCAUCUACCCUGGCAAGAUGUCGUCCGACGAAGAUCGCGCGAUCAAGAUGAGGGAGGCGGGUGAGAGGGAGUCGGCGAGACUGUGGCGCGCGUGGAGGACGGUGCAUGAGAUGGUCCAGGACCGUGGCUAUGAGCUCACGGAGGAAGAAGUGAAGAUCAGUCUUGAGGAUUUCAAAGCCAAGUUCACGGGCGCUGAUGGGACGAUUGAGCGAAAGCUCAUGACCUUCUCUGCAAGACCCAGCGAUGCUAUGAUGAAGAAAUACGCCAAUCCCCCGACUGCGAGUAACCCAAACCCUCCCAGUGCUGAUAUUGGCACCAUCUGGGUCGAGUUUCUCCCCGAUACCUCGGUUGGUAUCAAGCAGAUGCGAAACUUUGCCCAGCAUCUCUCCGCAAACAACUUCCAUACCGGCAUCCUCAUCACGAAUGUCAAUAUCACCCCUGCUGCCUUGAAGAUUAUCCCUGCAGUGCAAUCGGAGACCAGGAUCGAGUGCUUCCUUGAGCAAGACCUGCUGGUCAACAUCACACACCAUGAACUGGUCCCGAAGCAUGUUCUGCUCAGCAAGGAAGAGAAAGCGAAGCUGUUAGAGCGAUACCGUCUAAAGGAUACACAGCUCCCUCGAAUUCAGUUGGGUGAUCCGGUUGCGCGAUACUUAGGGUUGAGAAGGGGGCAGGUUGUUAAGAUCAUCCGGAGGAGUGAGACGGCUGGUCGAUAUGCCAGUUACAGACUUUGUGUUUGAUGGGAGACGGGUAUUAUUAUACGGUUUUUGAUACACGGAGUUGAAUAGGAGUUUGUUUGGGACAAAAGCAUAGGUUGGCGUAUUAGGGAGAGCUAUUCAGCUUACGAAUAUCCAGACCAUGUACCAAUAUUCAACGCGCAAAUCGCUGGGUGAUCUCAGUGUCCUCUUUCAUCACUGACGAAUAGGCUUCUAUCAGGAAUCAGCACAUAUCUAGACCCUUGCUAAUAUGAUCAUAUGUAC